AUGGCGGCCUUGCUUCAACCAUACUGUGAGGAAGCAUUGGGAAAGGUAGUAGAUGCCAGAACGCCUGGUCUGGUGAGCCUCUCCUUCCCCCCUUCAGAGGACGUGGAGCCCCAGCCUACAGAGGACUACAUUCUAGCAACUUUCUACUCGACAUGGAGACGAAGUCAGCUGAAGAUGAUGCACUUCUUUGGACCAGGAGUUGCUCAGGUGAAGCUGAAACCUAGUGAGGAGGAUUCGGCCGAGGAGGCUAGCCCGCAGGACUCUGUACAGAUAGCUGCUGGAUCAAACACAGUGCUCAUCUUCCGCCCUUCCCUGUUCGAACUGUCGUGCCGGACGGAGGAGGAGACUUUGAUUCUAUCGGCUUCUUUGCUGGAGCACGUGGAUCCGCUGAUUCUCACAGGGAACGAAGUUGGAGACCUCGACUGGCUUCGAUGUGUAGAAGGUCCACCUGGCCCUGAAGGCCAUCACAUCAAUGUGGUCAACUUGUCAAGCCGGCUCAUGGCAAGGUGGGAUGAGCCGGAAGCGUACAGGGCUGGGCUCAGUGCCUGCACGGAUUCGGCAGUAGAAAUCCCGAUCACGCGGUGGGACAUUUCUGUGUACUACUGCGAGGACCCAGAUGAGGUUCAGCCCUUCCAAUCACUGGUCAAGCACCAAUCGUACAUCGAAGGUAUUGAGCUUUUCGACCACAAGUACUUCCAAAUUCAAAUCAACGAGGCCCGAGGAAUGGACCCGAUGCAGCGGCAUGUGCUGGAGGUCGGCGCUCAGAACCUUUUCAAGAUGGGGAUCACGAAAGAUAUAGCUAGCCGCACCCCGCACCAUGCGGGUGUAUCAGUAGGCUUGGACAAGGAUGAUUAUGACAAACUCCCCAUUCCUGCGGAAAUGCAAGGGGGUGCAAACGUCCAAGCCAUCAUUGCGAAUCGCUUCAGUUUCAUCUUCAACCUCAAAGGUCCAAACUACGUUGCUGACACAGCCUGUUCAGCGUCGCUGACAGCGACCCAUCUGGCCAAGUUCAUGCUGAGGGACCAGACGAUUGACAAGCUUGAGUUCCACAUUGCUCUUGGCAUUCACCAGUGCCUAUCGCCCUUCCCAUUUGUGGGCAGCUCGCAAUCGCACAUGACCUCCGCACGUUGCCGCACAUUCAACGCCACCGCUGGUGGUUACAUGCGAGGGGAUGGCUGCUCCGGCCUGACACUGAAACCUGGCGAUUUGCCAGACGAGCGUGAUGCCAUCUGGCGCGGGUCAAUGGUCGGCCAAAACGGGAAAUCGGCAACCCUGACAGCCCCAAACGGCAUUUCACAGGAAGAGGUGAUUUGGAAAGCCAUUCGCGAGGCCAAGAUCUCGCCAACUGAGUCUUGUGUGUGGAGCUGUCAUGGAACAGGGACAUCGCUAGGUGAUCCCAUUGAAGUUGGAGCAGUUCGCAAGGUGCAGAAUAAGGAGCAACGCGAUACCACGCUGCUGGUUGUGACCAACAAGUCGCAGACUGGCCACUUGGAAGGCGGCGCAGCCAUGACCUCGUUGCUGGCAGCUGUGUUUCAGGUGAAGGCUUCCUCGGCAAUACCAUGCUGCCAUCUGCGCCAGCUGAAUCCGCAUCUGGACCAAACUGGCUUCAACGCAGUUUUCAACAGCGAGCUGAACUCUUACCAGUUCUCACAGGGUAACGUGCACGUCUCCUCCUUUGGCUUCGGCGGCACGAACGCCCAUGCGAUUUUCUGGGGGGAGAAUGUCUACCACGCGCCGAGCAAUGCCGAACUUUACCAGAAGCGAAUCUGGAGCAUGUCGCCGCCAGAAGUCCGUGUUAACGGAAGCGACCCAUCACUCUGGGACUGGGAUGGCCCAGAUCAGGUUAUCUUGCCGGGAGACAAAUACUCUAUCGAAAUGAACCCGGACGACCCACCAAAUGCUCCACAAAGGUGGUUCAAGGAGGACACCGGAGUGGAGGAAGAUGAAGGGGAGGACGAGAACUACUGCAUCACAGGCCCGUUCAACGAAUGGGACCUUGAGCAGAUGGAGGACGGAGCAGUUCCGGGUCUGUGGACUAUCACUGUCAAGGUCCCAACAAGCGGCCAGGUAGAGUUCCGCAUCUUGAGGAAUGGAAAUGAAGACGAGGUGAUCUAUCCAGACAUGGACAAAUGCUCCCAAAAGCUCACCCCUAUCCAUGGCCCCGCCAGAGAAGACCAGAGGAAUGCCAAGAACACAUGGCUAGCGGAGGGGAUCCCUGGCUCCAGCAUCAAAGUCGACUUCUUUAGCUGUAGGGGCAUCCGGAGUAUAAACUGGAUGCAAGCCACCCCAGUCCUGAUGUGCGUCUCUUGGUGGUCCCAAGGUUUCAGCAUGUGUGACGCUCACAUCACUGACCUCCAAGGUGAGCAUGAUGCAGGAGAUUGCCGGCGAGUGACUGCGAUGUGUGCAUGUGGGGCUGUCCACAGCGUCCUCAGUGUGCGGAGGCUAGAGCCCUCUAGCCUCCCAUUUGAUAGAUUUCUUCCGAGGUAG